ACUCAUGUAGUAAUAGUUUAUUAUUGAAUAAAAGUAUAAUUUUAAGCAUCCUAUUUCUUUAUGCAUAUAUUUAAACUUUUUAGGUUGAGAGAAAGAAAGGCUGCGUUUGUUCAACAAGCCUUUAAUUUAUCUUCCUCUCUUCCUUCUUUCUCUUAUCACUCAACCAAAUCUUCUCACCACCUCUUUCUUUUCUCAAAUCUAGGGUUCCACUCUUCUCCUCUUUCUAUAUUAUUUUUUUACCCAUAUUUUUUUUUUUAUAAAUCUUUCCUCCCACUUCUUCCAUCUUAAAAUAAACCAAACCAACAUAUAAUUUCUAUAUUAAUUUUUCUAUUGUGCUUUGCAUAUUUUUUUAUAAAAAAACAAAUUCCUGUUGUUUGUGUACCCCCCUUUUUUUUUUCUUCUUAUGGUCAUCAUGGCUGGUCUAGAUUUAAGUAGUGCAUCUCGUUACGUUCAUCAACUUCAUCACCCUGAAUUUAACCUCCAAAUACAACCCGAAAACGACGAUGAAAAUACGAAAAACAACCCAUUUUCCAAUGACCAUCACAACCACCAGUUUGAUUUAGUAGGUGCAAAUUCAUCUGGACUGGGCGACGUAGUUGGUCGUAGAUCAAGGGGUCGCCCACCCGGGUCCAAAAAUAAACCGAAGCCUCCGGUAAUUAUCACUAGGGAAAGUGCGAAUACAUUACGAGCUCAUAUUCUCGAAAUCGGUAACGGUUGCGAUGUUUUUGAAUGUGUAUCAUCUUAUGCGAGGCGAAGACAACGUGGGAUCUGUAUAUUAAGUGGAAGUGGAAUUGUUACUAAUGUGAGUAUAAGGCAACCGGCAAGUGCCGGUAAUAAUAAUAAUAGUAGUAAUAAUUCUUCAUCGAUCGUUACAUUAAAUGGGAGAUUUGAGAUUUUGUCACUUAGUGGUUCGUUUUUACCACCACCAGCACCACCAGGAGCAACAAGUUUGACAAUAUUUUUGGCUGGUGGACAAGGACAAGUUGUUGGAGGAAGUGUGGUAGGUGAGUUGAUCGCUGCUGGACCAGUUAUUGUUAUAGCUUCAUCUUUUACUAAUGUUGCUUAUGAAAGAUUGCCUUUAGAGGAAGAUGUUAAUAUUAAUAUUCACACACAAGGUUCCGAUGGUGAUGGUCGUGGUGGUGGUGGUGAUGCAAUUGUUAAUAAUCCUUUUCCCGAUUCGUCUAAUCCUGGGCUUCCAUUUUUCAAUCUACCGUUAAAUAUGCCUAACUGUUUAAAUUCUGGAUCUGCUUCUAUUGAUGGGUGGGCGGGGAAUUCAGCUCUUCGCCCACCUUUUGGAGUUUAAUGACUAAUCUUGAAGAUGUUGAAGGGGAAAUAGAAUUUUGAGCUUGUUGAUAUUGAUCAUAUGGAAGCUAAUUUGGAUCAAUGAAAAAAUUUGGGAUUCUUGAAUCAAAAAGGUCAGCAAAAUUAGUGUACCAUCUUUGUUCUGGAGAUUAUUGAUUUUUUUUUGUCUUGUUUGUUAUUUUUGGGUCUUGUAACUCUAUGAAUUCUGAAAUUGGUCUUCUUAAUUAAUGUUCUUUAUGGAAAACUUUCUAUAAAGAAUUAUGGUUUGGGAAUUCAAUCUUUUGAUUCACCUUUGUUUAAUUUCUCAAGGGAAAAAAAC